AUGCACUACAUAGGGGGCGCGUGGCUGAUCCCCGAGCUCAUAAAGCGCGAGCGCGAGGGCCGCCUCAAGCCGCGGCCGGACGCGGGCGCCGCCGGAGCGGCUGCCUCGGCACCGGGGACGGGCGGGGCACACCAUGAGGGUGGGGAUUGGGACCCGGCGGGCAUCAAGCUUGUUGUGGGGCACACUGUGCUGUCUCACGUUACUGGGACGUACCUGCCCGCCACAUGCGGUCUGGGGUCGACGCUGCCGUUUGCGUUCCUCAACAGGCUGAUGUGGCGCGUCGGGCUGGGCAUCGCCGACAAGAACCUCUACCGGCCGCUGCGGGCCGCAACCGUGGAGCGCUUCGGCCUCGACCCCCCGCCGCCCACGUGGCUCGAGAAUGAGCAGGGCAAGCGGCCCCCGACGAUCUACGUGUACUCAUCCGCCCUCGUCCCGCGCCCCCGCGACUGGCCCGCCGCCGCCGUCGUCACCGGGCCGCUGCUGGGCCCCGACAGCCGCGCGUCGCCGCUUGGGCCGGCCGCCGCGGAGCAGGCGGAAGCCGCCGCGCAGCUGCCAGAGGGGCUGCGGGCCUACAUCGCGGCGGCAAAGCGUGCCGGCCGGCCCGUCGUAUACGUCGGCCUGGGGUCCAUGCUGGGGGCAUACUUUGACAACCCUCCAGAAAUUCUGAAGGUCUUGGCAGAGGGCGUCGCCCAAGCCCAGGCCGGCGCCGGCGCCGGCAAGGGCUUCGCGGCGGUCGUGCACACGGUCACAGGCGCCCGCGGGGAGCACGAGGCCAUGCCGCCGCCGCCGGAGGGCUCCGACCUGUUCUGGCUGGACCGGCCCGUGCCCCACUCGGCGCUGCUGCCGCUGGUCGACCUUACUGUGCACCACGGCGGCAUGGGCACGACGCACGCCGCCGCCGUGGCAGGCCGCCCCGCGAUCAUCGUGCCUGUCAGCCUGGCGUCCGACCAGGUCUUCUGGGCUGACAUAAUCCGCCGCCGCGGCGCCGGCGUCGCGAGCCCGCAGCACGCAGGCGCGCUGACGGCGGCGUCGUUCGCCCAGCUGCUGCAGAAGGCGCUGGGCGCCCUGCCUGUGCUGGCGGCGGCGGCGGCGCGGCUGGCGGAGGGCGUGAGGGCGGAGCCCGACGGCGUGGGGGCGGCGGUCGGGGCGCUGCGGCGGGUGAUGGCGGGGGAGGCGAUCGGCAAGGGGCUGCCGGCGCCGGCGCAGGCGGCGGCGUGA